UCCCUCUUUCUUUGCGUUUCUCCUUGUUUUGGUUUGGUAUCAUAAUCAUUGUGUACUUUAUUAUUGUUUUUAAUCAAGUUUUGUGCAACACUCAUCCGUGUCACUUUACUCACAUUUGGGUGUUAUGGAGAUCAUACAGUGUUCUUUCCCGCUUUUUCCUUUUCCUUUUGCAAUUAUUUGGCACCCAACAGAUCACAAGGCGUUUCUUUUUCGGUGCUUGGAAUCAAUAUUGUUCUUUUUUAUUAUACUUCUUUUUUAUAAUCUAACCAGAACCAAUUAUUUUCUAGGGCACUGUUGAGACGUGGCCUUUACAAUAAUGGUUGUUUGCAAGGUCACUAUUGUCAUUGCAAAAUAGCAUGUUUUAUGAGAAUGUAGAAAAGUGUUCUACAGUGUUUAGACUGUCUGAUACCGCUUCUUAAUUGCAAUCAACAAUUUGCUUUAUGCAAUAUCUUCCUGCAUCAAUUGUUAUUUUUCAUCUCCUGAAUUGAAAUUUUUGGAACUGAACACUUUUUUGAUUAUUAUAGCCGAAGUUUUGUUGUAAUUUAUAUGCACUCCUCAAUGGAUGCUAUGGCUCUUUUUUUAAUUCCCUCAAUGGAAGAUCUCCCUUGUAUUCCGGGUCUUUGGAUUCAUCAAUGGGACAAGAGUUGGAGCUGGAUCUUGAUGACAAGUCUUCAGUGGGUCUGAGUCCAAAUACUGUUCUUCCAUCUCAUCAAUACUGUGUGAAUGUGAAGAAGAUAUCAAAGAAAGGAAAACCCUCUGGAAAAGAUGAAUUUUUUACUCUCAAGGAGGGCUUUGCUGAGAUCAAAUUUGCUCGCUUCCGCAGUUCUUCGUGUAAGAAUCAUCUCUCUAAACCUCAUGGAUUGGAAGGUAAUAUAGAAACCAGGCCUACUUCCAUGUAUCGGAGUUCAGAAGAAGUGAAAAGCAGAAAGAAAAUGGGCACCAUGAUAGAGGGAAGGAAAAAGAUAGAAAUUUCAAGGAGAAGUGACGCCUCCUUCACAGGUAGCAUUGUUGAUUCGUUGUGUGGUUCAGAUGAUGAAGGUUCUGGGGUUAGAUCUCCAGAUAGCUUUAUUGAAAUUUGUAUAAAUUCAGAUGUUAAAAAUAAAAACUCUACCACAGCACGAGGGAGAGAUUCUACAAAUUUGAAGCCCAGAAGUGAUAAAGUUGCUGAUUCUGUAAUCAAUGGCAAUUUUUGUGUUGAAAAGGACACAGUCCACUCGCUUCAAAAGUCAUUCUCGGCUAAGGCAGAAGUCUCUCACUUGCCAUCUCCAUUGGGAAGUGAUUGCUCAUCAAGCGCAAGUCCAAAAGUCCAAUUCAUCCAUAGCAGGAAAAGGCUGAAUCACUUCACUAAGUCAAAAUCACUGAGAAGUCCAGUGAGUCAGGUACCGGAGAGUAAUGAUAUCAAAUCAAACGAGAAAGCAAACAUUGCAAGAAAUAGGACUUAUCAGAAAUCACUGUUAAAUGACUUGUCCAAAACAGGAAAGCAUUCUGAUAUCAUUUCUGAGUUUAUCAACAGAGAAAUCCAGUAUUCAGGUAUAGCUUCUUCACCAGUUCACCUGCAUGGCAAUCUCAAGUUGGAAAAUAAACAUGGAGUGCCGUUUUUUGAGUUCAAGGUGAAGUGCCCUGAAGAUGUGUUUGUGGCCAAGACAUGGAGAACAGGUAAUGCUUUCAACUGGGUAUAUACCUUUCAUUCCAUUGAUAAUAGAAAGAAGAGCAAUGCUACUGGGUUGGGAUACCAUGAUUUUGACAAAGAUUCCUCAACAGUUGCACAGAUGCUAGUUUCAGGUAAUUUAUGUUCUGAACUAGAAGGCAGAUUAUUUGACAACUCCAUGGUGACAGAAUUUGUGUUAUACGAUUUUACACACUCAAGACAAAGCGUUUCGCAUGAGAAGAAGUCUUUCAGUGAACCAGAUGCUUCUAAAACUCUGAAAGCUUCCCAUAUUGGAUGGAAGGAAGAAACUAUGAGGUUGGAUGAGAACCGUGCAGUCAAAAACAAACCUCAAGAUAAAUCUCCACUGAGCAAUGUUGAAUUUAAUGAUUUAAGUUCUUUUCCUUGCUCAUCCGCAGAAUGCCAUUCAAACCUUGAAAUUGCUGCCAUUGUCUUGCAAAUUCCGUUUUCCAAGAGAGAAAGCUUGAAGUACAAAAGAGGGGACAUAAUGAGUGGUAAAGAACAUUCCAACAUAAGAGACCUAUCUGCCGAAAUAGAUAAAAAGAGUCUUCAUCACAGCAAAAUCCAGGAACAGGUGAAGGUGGUAAUACCAACUGGUAAUCAUGGUUUGCCAAAUGCUGAAAGCCAGGGACCCUCAUCGUUACUUGAUCGACUGCGACAUGGUGGAGGCUGUGACUGUGGUGGCUGGGACAUGGCAUGUCCCCUUAUUCUUUUAGGCAAUCCUAGUAUUCAAUUUUCUGAGGACUGCCCACUUUUUGAGGAACAUCAACCGUUGGAACUUUUUGUUCAGGGAGCAAAAGGAAGCAGUCCUACCUUCAGCAUGACAAGAAUUGAAGAGGGGCAUUAUGCUGUUGAUUUUCAUGCACAGUUAUCUGCUUUACAAGCAUUCUCAAUCUGUGUUGCCAUCUUGCAUGGAACUUCGACCUCCAGCGGUGGAGGGCAUGAGAAAAACCAGCAGUCAUCUCAAUGCAGUUCCCUGAAAAUGCUUCUUGAGGAGGAUGCAGAUUUUAUUUUCAAAUCAGUCACAACUGAGAAGAAGACUCGUUGCAAGAAUCCAAAAGUAGCUCCUCGAUCCUAUGUGCUGAAUCCACCCUUUUCUCCUAUUGCACGUGUAUAAAGAGCACACCUGACCAACCCUGCUGUAGUGAUUACGUGGAAAACACAUUUGUAGUGUGUUUGAUUACAUGUUACUGACAUGGAUUCUGAUACCAUGUUUGUACCAGGUUUAAGCCAUUUUCUGGUUGGGAAAGCACAGUAUGUGAUGAUCUUGGAAGUUUGUAGAGAAUCUUAGUGAGGAUGUUUGACUAGGCACAAUGCCUGCAUGCAGAAUCUGUUUAUGAUGGCACGUUAGAGUUGUCAAAAUCAUUCUUUGUAAUAAGAUGUUUUGUUCCAGUGAAGUAGGAUAGAAACCAAGAAUUGUUCAUAUUGUGUGGGAUAGUUAGAAUGGUGGAGGGGAAUACUUUACACUCAGUAGGAGAUAGCAUAGCAAUCCUUUCUCUUUUUUUCUUUGUAUCUAUUUUGAUAAGACUUAGAAAUUUAUAUAAAUGGUGGAAAGUAGAUUGGAAUAA